AUGGCUCAAGGCGCUCAAGCUCGUCAACGUGGCCGCUAUUGGCUAUUGACAUGUCCUCGUACUGCCUCUAACCUUCUGGUCAAAAUGCUCAACCUUAACGAACAAGGUGUUCGCCCUUCCAACAAUGGAGGAUAUUUCUAUCUGCCCACAGUCGAAAAACAUUUUCUUCUUGAGCGAAAGCCUAUGGACACUUGGACAGAGGAAGAAAAUGCCUCCGUGGAUGGCAUGGUUCAACAGUCGUCGCAGAGGUUUCUGGACUAUAUUGCUGCUGCUGAGCAAGAAGGUCAGAAGAUCUUUGUAAAAGAACACUCAAUCUUUUUGAACCAUCCACGUGUCGAAAACCACUACCUACAUGGUUCCAAAGAGGUUGCUACUAUCACCGAAGCAACUCCCAUACCCGUCAAGGGAAUUUCAGAGCCGACUCGAUCGCGGCUCAACCUCACCCUGUUCCCGGAUGAGUUUCUCAAGACUUGGAACCCAACAUUUCUCAUUCGCCAUCCCGCCCUUAUGAUCUCUUCUCUGUAUCGCACAUGUAAAUGCCCGAUGGAUUACAAUGGAAUUCAUCGCCCCAAGCAAGAGCCAUGUACGGCGGAGCUCAGCAUGCGAUGGCACCGAACCCUGUACGAGUUCUUUGCCGACCACUUUGCCAACGACAGCGUCUGGCCAAUCGUUCUUGAUGCCGAUGAUAUCAUGAAGAGCCCUCAAUUGGUGUCAAAGUACGCAAAGCUGGCAGGCCUUGACGACAGCAAGGUCAUUCGAUCAUGGGAGAAGGCUGAAGAAAAAGAGUUGAAUAAACUGAGCAACAUAGAGCAGAGGAUGCUCAGUUCCAUCAACGCCAGCACCACGAUCGAUAACAGCAAGAUUGCGGGAAAUCUCGAUAUUGAUCAGGAGGUUGUCAAGUGGACAAAGGAAUUUGGAGAGGAAGAGGCGAAAAAGCUUGAGAAAUGGGUACGAGAUGCUAUGCCAGAUUACGAAUUCAUGCACUCUAAGAGAAUGCGACCGGAUCAGGAAUGA